ACUCUCCUCACUCUCGUCACACCAGAAGGAAAAACUCAAUGAACUACAUAGAGAUGAGGGAUCCGGUUCCUAUGCCGCGCAAUGCCGGCGAGUCACGGUGGUCCACGGGCUUCAUCCUUGGCAUUGUCUCCCUCCUCCUAUUCAUAAUCGGCUUGAGCACGUCCAUCAACUGUUGCUACUUUGGGAAAAACCUCCGUCUGCUCUGCCUAUCUGCCCUUAACGCCUCCGAGCUCGACCUCAAACCCAAAGCCACGCACGAGGGUUCGAAGUUCAGGCACCGGGAGAGCUUGCCGGUGCUAAUGCCAGGGGAUCAGGUACCAAAGUUUGUCGGGCUGCCAUGCCCCUCUGAGCCUCCACGAGAAGAGAAGAAGAUUGUCGAAAUGCAGAAAGCCACUUCUGCAAUAACCUUAUCAACUGUAUCAUGACAUGUAAAACUAAAAGUUCGAUUGAUUUGAUUAGCAGUGUGAUUUGUAAGGAAUUACUAGGAUCAAAUAGGUCUGUAACUGUAAGUUCUUAGCGUGCUAGGUGCGUUUGAUUUUAGAGUUAAUAGUUGAGUUUUGAUUUUAAUUGGGUUGUAAUGAUUAUAUUGUUAAAUUAUGAGAAAAAUGUGAAAAAGUAACGAAUAGUUGAGAGAAA